CCCCCUCCUCUUCUACGCCCCCCUCUCGGACGCCGCCGAGAAGAUGCUUGGGAGGAGUUCGUCGUCGUCGUCGUCGUCGCCGUUGUCGUCAUCUUCGUCGUCGUCGUCGUCGGUCGUCGUCGGUGUUUGUCGUCGGCCGUUGUCGUCGUCGUCGUCGUCGCCAUCGUCGUCUUCGUUGGUGUUCGUCGUCGUCGUCGUCGUCGUCGAUCGUCCGUGUUCGUCGUCGGUGUUCGUCGUCGGUGUUCGUCGUCGGUGUUCGUCGUCGGUCGUCGUCGGUCGUCGUCGUCGUCGGUCGUCGUCGUCGUCGUCGUCGACAGCCGCCGCUCCUCCGCGCACUGCCCCCCGGAGGCCUGGCACGUCCUCCGCGCCGAAGGGCCCCAGGCCCGGCCGGCCUCCCCCACGGGCGGCGGCGGCAUGGCCGCGCUCGGGCGCCCGGCGGUCGACCCGAGGACUCGCUGGCUGCGGCGAGCGCUGGGGUCGAGCCGGCUGGCGCACAGGAUGUGCCCCUGGCUGGAGCAGGACAUCGUCCAGCUGCGGGCGCAGCUCGAGCAGCGUCGUGAGGCCUACCGCGAGGGGUGCCGCAGGUUCCGCCGCGGCGAGAACUUCAGCGCGGGCCCCGAGAGGUGGGGCGUGCGCAAGUUCGGGCAGGAGCGGGACUCCAUGCGGCUGGAGGAGCGCAAGAUCCGGAUGCUGGAGGACCGGCUGGAGUCCCUCCGGCAGCGCUUCCGGCGGCACUGCGGCGGAGGCCGGCCCGGAGAGCUGCCGUGAGACGAGCGCGCCCCCGCCGACCGUCUGCAGGCUUCCGAGCGUCGCGAAAAAGGAAGAACGGCACCG